AUGGACGAGUUCAGGUGUGUGCCUCAGCUUUUGUCGUUGGCGAAGCUCGUAGGGAAGUUCAACAUCCUCAUCGCCAAGUACCCGCAGACGGAGAAGUACACCCGUGUGGCAUACGACGACCGCGCACGGUGGGCGGAACACGUGUCGCCUCUGGCAUUCUCUGUGGGUUUGAGGACGACAUCAAGAGUUGAAGGUGCGUUCAAGGGUCAUCUGCCAUGA